CGGGUGCCUAGUAACCAUGGUAACCACGAGCGGAUUCAGCUGUUGCGUCAGGAGUUCCACUCCUCUCAUCAGGGGGAGGAGCUUAAUGAGCAGCCCUGGGUCCCACAGACUGGACGCCACUCAGUAACAGUUGAACUCCAGCUACACAAACAAAGACUAGAGACGACCAACUCCUUCAGACAAGCCCAGAGACAAUACAGCUCUCUUCCACGACGGCCUAAUACGACUCCGCCCAGCAUGAUCUCCCAUGGCAACCCCUGGAGCUCCUCCCCUUCCCGUGGCAACGGUUUCCAGGCAGCCAAAGACAGCGGCCGUUACUCCAGCUACCAGGGCCCCCGUCACGGCCCCCACAGCCCCGUCCACUCCCACACACACACACACACGUCGGCGCCCACACACACACACACACACACACACACACUCUCCCUGAGCGGGGUGAACGCCCGCGCCCUGCUGGAGGCUCAGGAGCUGCUGAGGCUGGAGCACAGACGCCGCCAGCAGCAGCACAAAGACUACAACUCCCACAAUGCCGCAAGAGACUACAAUGCCCAAAGCAACUUGGAGCAGGGCACAGUAAAGGACUACAACUCCCAGAGUUCCCCGGGCCCACCCAAAGGCCCACACAGACAAGACGUGCCCCCCUCCCCCUCGCAGUUGUCUCGCCUCAACCAUGUGAACACACACUUCUCCUGAGAGGGGGAGAGAGAGUGUGUGUGUGUGUGUGUGUGUGUGUGUGUGUGUGUGUGUCUGCCACUAUUUUAUACAUUUAUGGUUGCACAGAAAUUGUCUUUCUGAAUCUGGUUACUUUAACACACACACACACACACACACACACACACACACACUCCAACCGUCCCUUCUUCUUAGAACACUCUUAGUGCCUUCUGCCCUUUGAGGGCAUGACUGCUCAGGUCCCGCCUCCUCACACGUCUAAUUGGUCCAGGCGAUGCAACCAUGGACUGUAAUUGGCUGAGAUACACAUGCGUGCAUUUUUGUGUGUGUGUGUAUGUUGUGAUGUAAAAUGUAUAGUGAUGUCAAGAGAGCAUUGGGCAGAAAAUGUGUGUGUGUGUACGCGUGUUAUUGUGCGUGUGUGUGUGUGCGUGCGUGCGUGUGUGUGUGUGUGCGUGUGUGAGUGUGCCUGAGUGUUAAAUGUCAGAUUUCUCCAAGUUCUGGUGUGAAACUGAGAAGUACACACAAACACACACACACACACACACACACAUCUGUCACCGUGUCACCGUGUCCUUGUUCCUGACAGAGGAGAGAGAUUGGGGGGGGGUGAGUGGGACGUGGAUGAGGUGUG